CUUCUCGAAGCCUCCGAUUUCUCCGUACAUGUCGUCGUCGGUGGCUGGAUGUGUACUUUCUUACGGAUUCGUCGAUGGAAAGGAUUUCCGGAGAAGUCGAGGCCAAAUUGAGUGAGCCUGUGGAUCUGACAUCGACUGUCAGCGUUAACACGAGUACAUUGAACGUACGAACGAUUGGAGGGAGCAAGAAUAGUCAAAAUUCAAAGUAGGCAAAACUCUCGGUACUCUUCUGCAGCUGCCAACUGAAAGUUGGUUGAAUUGAGGAUGUAGUGGAUUCCUUCGGCGCUAAUUCUGUCACCAUCCAGCGUGAAAGCGUCUGUCCCCUCGAGAAGCAACGAUGGCGACAAUGAUGACCAAAGACUGGCUGGUCCAACGCUGCAAAGCGAGGGGACUGUACCAAACUCCUUACCUGAAUGACCGCUUGUACCUCCAAUGUCAGGCGCUUUGCGACUUACAGAAUUUGGAGGAGUACACUGGAGUCAAAUUGUUGUAUCUCGAGGAGAAUUGCUUGGAGAGCAUGAAUGGAUUGCAGCCCCUCAAGCAGUUGCAAUGCUUGUACUUGAGGAAAAACUUCAUAAAGUCCAUCGACCACAUAGAUGAACUCCAGUUUUUAGACACUCUCGAUAUCAGUCAAAACUACAUAUCCUGCUUGGAAAAUCUGUCCAAGUGCCUGCGCUUGAGGGUUCUCGUUGUCUCACACAACCAGCUGGAAUCGAUUGAAUCGAUUGCACACCUUACGAGUUGCCCAUCCAUCAUGAUUCUAGAUCUAUCUCAUAAUGAGCUGAAAGAUGGGGACGGUGUUCUGGAGAUUGCUCUGAGUUUACCUCAGCUUGCAGUUCUAUAUUUGUCGGGAAACCCAUGCAUAUCACGAAUGCCGCACUACCGGAAGAACAUAAUUGCGAAACUCGCGAAGCUCAGUCAUCUUGAUGAUCGACCGGUUUUCUGGGACGAACGCUUGUUUGCUGAAGCCUGGUUGAGAGGUGGCCAAGAAGCGGAGACUGCAGAGAGGGAUCGAGUUCGUGAAAUACGAGUUGACGAGGAAAAUAAGCAAUAUGAGGCAAUGCGACGAAUUCGAGAACAAAACAUGGCGGAAAGAGUUCACGUUGCGCCACCCACACUGCUUCAAUUCAGUCCGUCCGAGCUCGGGGAAGAGGAACCAGAGACAUGCGCAUUAAGUGGAGAUUUACCAGCAAAUGAGGUCGGGAUGUCAUCAGAUAAGGUAGAAACCAAAAAGGAGGGACUCGGAUGUUCUAGCGAAAUGGUCGACGAUGAAUUCUCCGUAGAAAUGGAGGUGGACCAGCCGGUCCCAGCCAGUUCUCAAUUCCAACAACAUACCUCACCGGAUGACAUGAAGCCACUUCCGUGUACAUGCAGAGUCGCUGAGGUCGAACCUAACGGCUCAGAGCAAGAGAAUAGACAGAAGCUUGCCAGCAAUCCGUUGUUCAACGAUGAUGCUCGUCACUCAUUCAGUGAAGAGCAGAAAGCAUGGCCUACGGCAAAUCCGUCCAUGUUUUCAACAGAGCUGCAAUCAAUAUGCUUACCUGAAUGGGUCGGAUCUGAAAUUAAAACCGACUCAUUUUCUACCGUGCAUGAUAACAAGCUUUUCUCAGAAGAGGCACUAGAGGACAGAUGCUCUGAUGCACAACCUGACGGUAGCACAACUCGACCCUGUUGGGCAACCACGGAAAGAGGACCGGACAUGGAGGAACCAGUGCCACCGACUUUGCAGGGCCGCGGCCGCGACUCUUUGGCAUCACUGGCGGCUUCGGAAUUGGGAACAUAUACAUGUCAAGAACCAUCCAGCUCCAUGAAGGAAGAAGACAGCCUAAUCCUCUCUUUACAGGCAAUGAAUAAUGUGAGAGUAGACGCUAGGUAAACGAAGAGGACCAUGAUGUCCUAGAGUGUUGAGAUGGAGGUAACAUAUACUUCCCUAGAGCAUAUGAAUUGCAAAAAGAGAGAGUUCGAAAAGAACAAAUAUCUAACCCUUGCACCAUAUGAUGUUGUUUCAAUGGCUGGAUCCUUGAAAGACUCAUAUGGCCGAGCUUGAGGUGCCAUUGGUAAGUGUUCAGCUCUUCAGUGAUGGAAGCUCAUGGUCAUAUCAUUGCUCAGUGUAUACUAACUGGGCAAGCUGGUCACAACCUCUUCAUCAAAUACACGGUGUAGUAGCAGUAGUAGCACGAUACACUUCAAUUUUAGUUGUUGGGCUUCCAUCACUGAAGAGCUGAACACCUAUCAAUGGUGUCUAAAGCUCGGUCAUAUGAAUCAGCAAUUGAAACAAAAUCACAUGGUGCAAGGGUUAGAUAAUUGUUCUUUUCUAACUCUCCCUUUUUGCACUUCAUGUGCUCUAGGGAAAUCUGCCAGAGCUAAAUUUCUAAGCCAAGGAGCCACUCUUGCUAUAGACCUUCUUGGUCUAGUGCACACAGAUAUAGGUGGCCCUCUGAGAACUCAAACAUUCUCUGAUGUAAAUACUUCGUAUCAUUUAUUGAUGAUCUUUCACGAUAUACGCAUGUGUAUUUGAUACGAAAGAAGUCUGAAGCCAAGUUUCAGGAAUUUAAAUUGAUGACUGAAAAUCACCUGAACAAGCUUAUCAAAGUUUUGCGAUCAGAGAAUGCUCUUGAAUACAAAUCUCGAGCUUUCACUGAAUUUUGUAUGCUUCAUGGUAUUCAACGUCGGUUUUCUAUUCCUGAUACUGCCGAACAAAACGGAGUUGCUGAAGGGAAGAAUCGCACGUUGAUUAAUUGUGUUGUAGCUAUGUUGACACAUUCUGGUCUUUCUCAUGGUUUUUGGGGCGAAGCCAUCCAUACCGCUGUUUACUUGCAGAACGAAUCUCCAUCUAAGGCUAUACGGUAUAGCAUUAGAUGGAGAUUGGCAUCUGUCCAUGCCAUGUUUGUCAUUGGGUAUAGCCUAUACCCAAUGACAAACAUGGCAUGGACAGAAGCCUGAUCUAAGCCACUUACAAGUUUUUGGAUGUACUACCUUUGCCCAUAUUGAAAAAGACCAUCGGGGUAAGAUUGACCCCAAGAGUGUAGAAUGUGUUUUCCUUGGUUAUUCUCCUCCAGCCAAAGGAUAUCGGUUACAGCGAAAAGACUCUCAUGAGAUUCUUGAGAGCACAUCUGACAAAUUUAUGCCUCUUGCGGUUCGGGAAUCUACCCUUCCCCAUCAGCAGGCAUCAGUUGUUCCACCCGCUGAGCAAGAAGGUUUUACUCUCUUUCGUCCUUUACCAUUAGCUUCAUCUACUGAUCCAGUUCGCAGGCUUCCCCUUCCGCCAAUAUUACCACCAGGACGGCCACCACCAGUGGGAGCCUUCACUCCGGUUACACCAUCCCCUGUAGUGGGAGUUCCACCAGCACCUUCCACUCCCUUCGGGGCUCAUCCUCCCACAGCUGAAGUCCCUGCCACUUA